UUGUUUUCAAACAGAGGACAGCUGCCGGAUGUUGUGCCACAACAACCUUCCUGUCACAAGAACCGUGUUGUUCCGGUGUCCGGCCGCACGUGGAGCUCGCUCACGCUGCAGGUGGAACAAACGCUCGCGCGCUCACAGCUGACGGCGGAAGUAGCCUGACGUCACUGAGAUUUCGGGAGCAAAGAUGGCGAACACCUUCCAGAGUUUCAGCUUGCGCACCACACCAGAGAAGUUUUACAUAGAAGCUUGUGAUGAUGGCUCCGUGGAUGUCCUGGCUAUUGACAGGGUGUCAACUGAGAUGACUCUAACAGUGAGACAGGAUGUCCCUGCAUCAGCUGAGACCAGGCCAAUAUGUGGACUGAUGGGAACUAUACGCUUAGUGGCAGGCAUGUACCUGGUUGUCAUCACAAAGAAGAGGAAGGUGGGAGAUCUGCUGGGCCAUGCUGUGUGGAAGGCUCUGGACUUUGACGUAAUCUCCUAUAAAAAGACAAUACUGCACCUCACAGACAACCAGCCAUUGUGUUACAGAUUUGCUGCUGAGCUUGAGAUGGAUGUGCUGUUGACCCAGUUUUACCCAACAUCUCCUCUAUUGCACAAUCUGACAGGAAUUCUGUAUCUGUUCUUGUUUCAGGCAGAUCAGCGAUUUGUUUGGAACGGACACUUGUUGAGAGAAUUCAUAGCACAGCCAGAGCUGCACAUGUUUGUGUUUCCUGUUGUCCACGGCUUUAUCACUGUGAAGUCGAGCUGCAUCAGUGGAAAGGUGUUUGAGUGGAGCGUUAUCUCCAGGAGGAGCUGUUUCAGAGCAGGGGUCCGCUACUAUGUCCGAGGCAUUGAUUCAGAAGGACACGCUGCUAACUAUGUGGAAACAGAGCAGGUAGUGCAGUACAACGGUGCAAAGGCUUCUUUUGUUCAGACCAGAGGCUCCAUCCCCUUCUACUGGUCCCAAAGGCCUAAUCUCAGGUACAAACCAAAACCACAGAUCAGCAAAACAGUCAACCAUCUGGACGGAUUCCAGAGACACUUUGACUCCCAGAUCAUCCUCUAUGGAAGACAAGUCGCUUUGAACUUGAUAAACCAAAAAGGCUCAGAAAAGCCGUUGGAGCUGGCAUUCGACAACAUGGUCACAAACUUGGGUAAUGGCUUGAUCAAGUACAUAGCUUUUGACUUUCAUAAGGAGUGCAGCCACAUGAGGUGGCACCGCCUUCAGAUCUUACUGGACAUGGUUGCUGAAAUGCAGGAUGACUUUGGAUAUUUCCUAGUGGAUGCAGAUGGAAAGGUGCUGUUAAAUCAGGAGGGAACUUUUCGGAGCAACUGCAUGGACUGUUUGGAUCGUACAAAUGUCAUCCAGAGCCUGCUGGCCCGACGCUCUCUUCAGUCACAGCUGCAGAGGAUGGGAGUUCUCCACAUAGGCCAGCGGAUUGAAGAGCAGACAGACUUUGAGAAGAUGUACAAGAAUGCCUGGGCAGACAAUGCUGACGCUUGUGCCAAGCAGUAUGCUGGAACUGGUGCCUUAAAGACUGACUUCACUAGGACAGGGAAGAGAACACACUGGGGACUGCUGAUGGACGGCUGGAACUCGAUGAUCCGAUAUUACAAAAACAACUUCUCUGAUGGCUUUAGACAGGAUUCCAUCGAUUUAUUUCUGGGGAACUAUGCUGUCGAUGAAGCUGACUGGACCACUCCACUGCGAGACCCCAAGGACUGGAAGUUUCUGACAUUGCCCAUCAUCAUGGUUGUUGCCUUUUCCAUGUGUAUAAUCUGCCUUCUAAUGGCCGGUGACACGUGGGCUGAGACGCUGGCUUAUGUCCUGUUCUGGGGAACAGCCAGUGCAGUAACCGGUGGGCUUAUCCUCUUUUAUGGACGGGACUUUGUAGACGCUCCUAAGCUGGUCCAGAAGGAGAAGCUGGACUGAAUGUGUGCGUGUGGAAAGCAGCUGGGCCCUCGCAAACUCACCACCUCGUCCUCUUCCUCGUCAUCACUUUAUCUGCAUCAGCAGGCCUGGAGCCUUUACUAACGCUGGAGCGAGGAGGUUGGUGGGCAGCGAGGGUGGCUUUGUGCACCACAGCAGGAGACUGAAGAGUGCACAGGCCUGCUGCUCUCCACACUGUAGCGGACUGACGGUCUGUCUGAACUCGACACUGAACUCAGGAGCUGUUCUGACCCGAUGUCUUUGUUCCUCAUUUAACUGGAAUGCUGUGGACCUGUUUAAAUGUGUUUCUUGUUGUUCUCCACCUCAUUCCUUUUAUGAAAACAUGGGGAUCAGACUUCAAACAGCAUAGCUGUGAAGAUAUUCCUCAUUAGAACUGGUGUGUCCUAGGUUAGACACUGCCUGUGGUUCAUACUCUGCGUUUUAAGAUCAGUUUUAGCUUGAAUGGUUUUAGCUUCUUUUCUGGAGUGUUUGCAGGGAUCCAAGUGUGCUCGUCCUUCAGAAUCCAGUCAGCUAGAACACGAUUUAUGGUUGUGGAGUUAAAAGCGGUCCCUUGAUGAAGAAAGGGGAUUCAUCCUGGAAACCCUGGACCUUGAGAAAGAAAGUUGUCAUUAACUCGUUUUCUUGUAUUACAUUGAACUAUUUUGCAUGUCACUUCACCAGAGGAAAAACACUCCAUCUGUGUCACUGUGGUACUAAAGGAUAAAUCAAAUCGAAACAGUAUUCUCUUCACAGAGACACCAUCGUGGCUGACAGUGUGCUGAUGUUAGGCCGAUGUCAUCUCUUUGGCUCCAAAUUAAAAAUGACAUUUAUAAAAAUGUUCGUCCUCUAGGUCUGUGCGUGUUCAUGUAUUUUGAAAACACGCCUGGAGUCUUCAAUAUCACUUCAAUUCAAAUGCUUUAUGUGUGCUUUAUAUUAUCAUCAUUAUUAUUAUUAAUAAGACAAAUAUCUACAAUAUAAAAGAUAAAAAGCCCAACAAUCAGCGCUGUUGUGACAGUGAACAAACCCGAGCUCAGCGGGCUGUGAGGGGCAGCAGAGGGACCCGUGUGGAGCUGCGUCGGGGUUUUGCUAUUUAAAAUAAAAAAAUGUG